ACUACUCCUCUGCGCCAAUAUGAAGUACAGCCUGUUUUUUGUCGCGGCUUUAAGCCUUUUUCAACUCGGCUCUGCUGUUGAUCAGAAGAAGUCAGCCAUCAUUUGGUUUGAUAACGCUGGCACUCCAGACUCGGUCGUCAACCAAGUCAAGGACAACAUUCUUAAAGCCGGUGGCAAAAUCACACAUGUCUACACCAUUAUCAAGGGGUUUGCUGUGAUUGCGCCGGAGAAGGCACUCGCCUCUGUGCAAGCAUGGGGCGUGGAGCACUCGAUUCGUGUGGAGGAAGACGAGAUCGUAUCAUCCCUAUAAAUACGGGUGAUGCUGUCACAGAGUUCUAGGCACUCGUGCCUAUUUACGUUCAACAGCGAGGGAUAAUAUUACUACAGUCUUGUCGAGGCGUAUGGCGCUUAUUUAUUUAUAAUACAAUCACCUGUUUUUCUUUCCUUC